ACCAGAUUUAUCUCCUCAGUUGCAGCACAGUGGAGAACAGAUAGAGAACAGUGUGUUUUAGUGGAGAAACCUCCAGGAUAACUCCAACAGAGCGACACGUUUUACUCUUUAACAGCGAUUUGGAUUACAUGUACAACAUGACAUUUGAAGAACUAAGUGGGGAUUAUUCUCAAGAAAGAAUGGAUUCAGUGGCGAAAGCUUUGGAAGAAGUCCUCACCUCAGCGUUACCACAGGGCUGCAUUACAGUCGGAGUCUACGAGGCUGCCAAGUCUCUUAAUGUAGACCCUGAUAACGUGGUUCUGUGCAUCCUGGCCACCGAUGACGAAGACGUCAAAGAUGUGGCCCUGCAGAUCCACUUCACUCUCAUUCAGGCUUUCUGCUGCGAGAAUGACAUCAACAUCCUGAGAGUCAACAACACCCGGCGCCUGGCUGAAAUACUGGGAGGAGGAAGCAGUGGGAAACCGAGUGGUGGAGAACCUAUGGAUCUGCACUGUGUCCUUGUCACUAGCCCACACUCUACAUCAUGGAAGGACCCUGCCUUGAGCAAAGUUAAUCGAUUCUGCAGAGAGAGCCGCUGCAUGGACCAGUGGGUGCCCAUCAUCAACCUGCCUGAACGAUGAACUUGAAGCUGCAAAAGGACUUUUAUCUGCACAGGACAAGUGGUGUGUGCCCUGAUGGACACAUUGCCACCCAGAGAUCAAAUUCCAAAGCACUGCUUGUGGGGAAAGAAAAAAAAGGAGGAUUAAAAAAAACCCUGCUGUCUACAUGUGGUGUAUUUAAAAGAGAAAAAAAAGAAGCAGGAGGAUAGAUUUCCACUUUGGACAGGACUGUUUGGAGUUGCGUCUGUUUGUUGGCGUCCAAGGUGAGAUGGCGAAGCACUUAUUUCGCCAUGAGGUGGAAAUUGAAAAAAAAAAAGAGCAUGUGUGUGCGCUUUUUAAUGUGAAGACGGACACUGUACAGAAGGAUUGUAUCAUGUGUGUUUGGUGAAGCCGCUGUGACGAGUCAGGAAAGUGGGGAGAAACCAGAAACCAGAGCUGUUGAGUGGACCAAGGCCUCGGCCUCUCUCUGCAGAAACAAAGCACUUGUUGAAACACUGGACCUUUUGCAAUUUCACUUAUGAUUUCAGUUGUUCAUGUUGAUGUUGCUAGUGGUGUAAUUUAAAAAGGGAAGGGCUACACAUCCAGUGAAGACAUUGUGUGUAUUAAAUGUUUCCUAUGCCAGCUGUGUUUUUUACCACAAGUAAAUAAUUCAUUUGUUACAAUUUAAGUUAUUUCUAAUGAUAUUUAAGUGUAUUUAUGUUUCAUUUUUCUACCUAAACUAUUUGAAUAUAUGCAGAAUCUGAAUUCAUAUGCAUUGUUGUCAAUAAAAAGUAUUUUUGGGAGCCAGAA